AUGGAACCUAUGAUACCUGAACCGGUUAUUCCCCAACAGCCACUCCAAAAUCAAGUAGAGGAGUGGUGGACAAGUGACUGGGAAAGGGUAAUUGUGACUAGAAUUAGAAAAGAGACUAAGAUUACGGUAAACCAAUUUGGUUUCAUGCCAGGGCGGUCGACUACAGAAGCGAUACACAUCCUAAGGAGAUUGAUGGAAAAGUACAGAGAAAAGAAGCGAGAUUUGCAUAUGGUGUUCAUUGACCUGGAAAAGGCAUACGACAGUGUCCCACGUAGACUUAUUUGGGAUAGUUUGAAAUGUAAGGGGCACCGGGGAAGGUCUGCAUUGAGCCCAUUUCUUUUUGCGGUGGUUUUGGAUGAGGUGUCUAAGUCGAUUCAGGAGGCAGUACCAUGGUGCGUGCUCUUUGCUGAUGAUAUUGUGUUAGUUGCGGAGACUAGGCAGAGCCUCAAUGUGAGGGUGGAUGAGUGGAGAGUAGCAUUAGAGGGCAAGGGUUUGAGGAUUAGUCGCUCUAAGACUGAAUACUUUUCCUGUGAUUAUAGCAAAGCAAGUGACGAUGACGACACUCGGAUAACUAUUGAAGUUAGACCUGCUAUUUUGUAUUUCAGAAUGCUGGGCUACCAAGAAGACACAUGCACGCAAGAUGUAGGUAGCAGAAAUGAGGAUGUUGAGUUAGAUGUGUGGCCAAACAAGGUUAGACCGGAUAGGAAACGAGGUUUUAGGGAGAGGCUAGGAGUGGCUAGUGUUUCGGAUAAGAUAACGGAGGGGAGAUUGCGAUGGUUUGGCCAUGUGAGGAGGAGGCAGACAUCAGCACGAGUUAGGGUAGUGGAAACUCUCACUGUAGAGGGCAUAAGGAGUAGAGGUAGACCUAAAUUGACUUGGAAUAGCAUAUUAGGAAGGAUUUGCUAG